AUGGGUUUCUUUAUAAAGAUCUUGUUACCGACGAUCGGAACGCUUCUUCUAUUUGUACGUUUCACAAAAUGCGAAACCGAUGUGGUCGCUGAAGGAACGAGCGGCAGCUUGAAAAUCGGCGCGAAUCGCAGCAAUGUAACGUCGACAUUCUACAAUAUCGAUCGAAAGAAGAAUGGAGAUCAGGGUUAUUGGUACGAACAUCUGGAUGAUGUGGACACAAUGCUGAAAAGCAAAACCGAUAUCCUAUCCCGCCGUUUGAAGAUUGAUAUAGACCGAUUACGAAAUAAGACCGAUCAGAUAGAACUGGUGUUUCUGGUCGACGCGUCCGGCUCGGUCGGCGUGCAGAAUUUCCGCAGCGAGCUGAAUUUCGUGACGAAGCUCUUGUCGGAUUUCACUGUGGACGCGACGGCCGCCCGUGUUGCGAUUAUCACUUUCGGCAGCCCCAAGAACGUAACUCGCAAUGUCGAUCAGAUCUCCAGACAUGGGAAAAAUGAUCAUAAAUGUUACUUGCUCAACAAACAGUUCAAUGAGAUUGCUUACAGCGGUGGAGGAACUUACACGCGCGGGGCGCUUCUUGAAGCGUUGGCAAUUCUCGAGAAAGGUCGCGAAGUCGCGAACAAGGUGGUGUUUUUGAUCACCGACGGCUUCAGCAAUGGUGGUGACCCACGACCCGCUGCCAAUCUCUUGAAGAACGCGGGCGCAACGGUAUUCACGUUCGGUAUUCGCACGGGAAAUGUGGAAGAACUGCACGAUAUCGCCAGCUUCCCAGGAUAUACGCAUAGCUAUCUCCUCGACAGUUUUGCAGAAUUUGAAGCUUUGGCACGUCGCGCCUUACACCGUGAUUUAAAAACUGGACAAUACGUGCCUGUGACUUUGCCUACCGAUUGUAACAGCUUGUGCGCAGAAAGCAUGGCGAAUCAAACUUGCUGUGACGACCGAGCGAUUUGCACUUGCGGCACUGCAACUGGGCAUUAUGCCUGCAUCUGCCCAUCUGGUUACUUUGGUUCCGGCCUAAGAGGGGCCUGUCAACCUUGUUUAAAUGGAACGUACGCUUCGGAGAGCGCCUACGGGGACUCUACGUCUGUAUGCAUACCUUGUCCAGAUGUGAAUCAUAUUACCGUUAAAGUACCCGCAAUUUCAGUAAAAGACUGCAUGUGUGCUUCUGGAUUUACCACAGACGGUUUGAAAUGCGAAGCUAUAAUGUGUCCUAAACUAAGAGUUCCCGAUAAUGGUUACUUAGUAAAGGCAAGUGCCUGCAGUAAUGUGGUGCACGCGGCAUGCGGUAUAAGAUGCAGGAUUGGCUUCCAUCUCACAGGGGACAGCAUUCGAUUGUGCGGAAAGAACGGCUCUUGGUCCGGCAAUGAACCACAAUGUUUAUUAAAGACGUGUUCAGCGAUACGUCCACCUGUGCAUGGUCAUAUGAAGUGCGAACAUGAUGAGAAUUAUCAGCUUCAAUUCAAAGAAGAUUCCACUGUCUAUCCGAUCGACACUCGUUGUCAGUUCAAGUGCGAUGUUGGUUAUCAGCUUCGCGGCAGUAAAGUGCGCAACUGCUUACCUUUAUCACGAUGGGACGGUCUGAAAGUUACUUGCAAAGCUGUAAAAUGUGAACCUCUGCCCAAACUCGAAAAUGGCGAUAUCAUCCCGGAGAUAUGUUCCGGUACGGCGAAAGUUUCUUUCGCCACUAAUUGCACUAUUAGUUGUCGCAAAGGUUUCAUUUUGAUAGGGCCUUCCAGCAGAUUAUGCGGUGGACAUACGGGAAUUUGGUCGCAGCGUCAUAGUGUUAAUCGAUGUGUGGACAAAGUGCCACCUUCGAUAAAAUGUCCAUCCGACAUUGUUACGCAAACCGAAAAGGGCCAAAAUUACGCGUACGUAAAUUGGUCAGUACCAGAGGUGACAGAUAAUGGGAACGAACCACCUAUAGUGUGGACGAAACCACACAUCACUUUUCCUUGGAAGGCGAGGAUCGGCACGCGCAUUGUCGUAUAUAUAGCGCAAGAUGCGGGUGGAAACAAAGCCAGAUGCAAAUUCAAAAUCAAAGUUCUCGACAGGGAACCACCAACCAUCGAGAAUUGUAAUGAUCCACCAACAUUUUACACUGACAUCGAUGAGGGUCUCAAGAACGUAAUAUGGGAAGAGCCUGUCUUUUAUGACAACUCAAAAACCUCAGUGCAAGUUAAUCAGAGUCAUCGGUCUGGCGAAGGAGUCUUUCCAAUUGGUCAAACGAGAAUCUUCUAUAGUGCUACCGAUAAAUACGGCAAUCUAGCAAAUUGUGUGUUGAAUAUUACAGUAGAAGAUGUGUGUGAAAGCAUGAGAGCACCUGUCAAUGGCCGGUUAAACUGUUCUUCGACGGACGAUCAUGAAACACAGUGUGUUGUAGCCUGCAACGAUGGCUACGGCUUUGCCAUCGAACCAAUGAAUUUCAACAGUGUUAAUGACGAACUGCUGUUAAAAUGCAAUCUGGCCAAUCAUACGUGGGAAAACAAUGAUCUACCGGAAUGUUCGGAAACACAAGUACCAAAGACGAUAUCUCAAGAAGGAAACGUGAUACUGCAAGAUAAUGAGAACACAAUAUGCGGAAAUCAAACUACCUUUCGUGAAUUAAGCGAUCACAUCAACAACAACUUGAAUUUAAAAUUAACUGAUAUUUGUGGCAAUGACGUCGAGUGCAAUUUGAUCAACUUCGAUCCUGAGUGCAAAAACGAUUUAUCACCAUCAGAGAAUUUUGACAAUAACUUAAUAAGAAGACGGAAGCGCCAUUUUGAUAAUAAUUUUACUCGAUCUACGAAUAUUGCCAGAAACAAUGAAGUAAUAAUGAUUAAGAGACUAAAACGUACAGUCAAACUUAAUUCUAACUCUUAUCAAAACAAAACUAGGCUCAAGCGAAAAAGAGAAAGGAUAGAGAUUAAAUUCAAAUUCAUAGGUAGAAUAAUCAAUGAAAACUUUGAGAAUCCUAAACGGGGAGUGCAGAAGCUACGAGAGAAGAUCAGUGCGAUGAUGCAGCUGGGGAAAUUGGAUUUACUUAACAACAGGACUAAUCAGGAAAUUGCGAAGCUCGCCUUGAAUUUGCAUCUCGUAUUCAAAGAACCUCAGCACCUCUGUGAUCUUGGAAGCGUGCUCAAGAAAUACGGCUGCGUGAAGUGUUCCGCGGGUACUUUUUACAAUUCUACCACCAAGGUUUGCCAGCCAUGUCCAUUUGGACAGUACCAGAAUGUAACUGCUUCAUUGAAAUGUAGAUCUUGUCCAGAACAUACUUUCACGAAGAGGAUGCAUGCGAAGUUCUCAAAAGAUUGCAUUCCCGUGUGUCGAGCAGGAUAUUAUUCUCGACGUAAACGUUAUCAAGGCUCAGGCAUGGCCAUGGAGCCUUGUGUUACAUGUGACAUCGGUUUUUAUCAACCAAACUAUGGGCAAACUCAGUGUUUUUCAUGUCCAUUGAAUACAACGACGGAGAAACGUGGCUCAACAGAUAUCGGACACUGUUCGCCACUCUACCACAAGGAAAUUGACGAUUGUCGGGUGGAUCUGUGCUUAAAUGGAGGUCGAUGUCUUCAAUCCGAAAGUGAUUUUGUUUGUGCAUGCGAAGAAUAUUACGUAGGAUCAAAAUGUGAAAAGUUUAGAAAUCCAUGCGAUUCUUCGCCGUGCUUAAACGAAGGGGUAUGUAAGAUGCAAAAGCAGUACAAUAACUCUAUAACGUACAAUUGUACGUGUAAGAACAGUUACACAGGAGUUAAUUGCGAGAUUUAUAUAGACGAAUGUUCUACUAACCCGUGUAGAAAUGGUGGAAAAUGCGUGAGUACCGAAAACGACUUUGCCUGCAUUUGCAAGGAUGGAUUUGAAGAUCAGUUUUGCGAAAUACCGAUGGAUCAUUGCGAACUUAUGCCCUGCGAGGAAGGAUCUACGUGUCACACCAUAAACGGGACCUGGAAAUGUUUCUGCAAGCCUGGAUUCUUAGGACGUCAUUGCAAUUUAUUACCCUGCGACUGGCUGCCGUGUCAUGAGAAUGCGAUUUGCGUUAACAUCAAAGAGGCGAAUGCGACACGAAGAAGUUACAGAUGCGAGUGUCCCGAGGGAUAUACAGGGGAAAAUUGCACGACCAAGAUCGAUCACUGUGAAAGUUCGCCUUGCUUAAACAACGGAAAGUGCAUUAGCCAUGUUCACAAUUACAUCUGCGAGUGUUCAGUUCCUUUCACAGGUCGCAAUUGCGAGACGGAAUUGUCGUCUGAUUAUGCGAUGCACUUUACUAAAUCCGGUACUAUGGACUACGUCAUCAUGAAAGGACCUACGAAGGAUCUGUUCCAGUUGUCCGUUUGUCUAUGGUUACAUUCGAUAGACAGCUUCAAUUAUGGUACGGUGCUUUCGUAUGCAACAAUGUCCCACGAUAAUGCUUUCACUCUGACGGAUUACAAUGGAUUUGUCUUGUACGUUAACGCGGAAAAGAUUGUAACCGAUAUUAAAGUUAAUGACGGUUACUGGCACUUUUUAUGCGUUACUUGGGAAAGUGAGUCUGGUUCCUGGCGUGUGUUUAUCGAUGGAAUUCUUAAAGACAGUGGCGUUAACUUAGCUCGGGGAACUGUCAUACGAGCCAAUGGAUCGCUUGUUAUCGGGCAAGAGCAGGAUCGUCUAGGUGGUGGCUUUUCCGAGUCGGAAGCGUUCUUGGGGAAACUUAGCUUGCUGGAUAUAUGGGACACUGUCUUGGAUGAGAACAAUAUUAUGACAUUGUGGAACAGUUGCGAGCAAUAUCAUGGAAAUCUCUUGGCAUGGGCGUAUGUACGACAAUAUAUUCACGGCGAUGUUUUGAUAUUACCUAGUCCGUUUUGUCGUGGCUGCCCUUUACCCGUAGUGCCCUUCAAAGGUAACUUUAAUGUGAGCGAAGAUUUAUCAGAAGUAACGUACUACUGUGACAACGGGUACAUGAUUCGAUUUAGUGGCAAGGAAUAUAAGUCCUUCAGGAGAAAAUGCCUUAAGCACGGCCAAUGGGAAGGGUACGACACACCGAUCUGUACGAAAAUAAAGUGCGGCUUUCCGGGAAACUUUCCACGUGGAUACAUCCAGGGCAGGUCAUAUUUGUUCGAAGAUAAGAUAUACUAUUUUUGUGCCAAUGGUUACGAGCUUCGAGGAAAUCCUCAUCGAAUUUGCAAUUCCGACGGAAAGUGGAUAGGAAUGCCUCCAAUUUGCAUAGGUACAACAUGCAAAAACUUGCUGGCCCCAGAAAAUGGAGAUAUAGAUUACAUAUUGGAGGAGAAUGAAAGAGACGAUAUCACGAUACUGCAGGCUGGUCAACAAUUGGAAUUCAAAUGCAAUCCUGGAUAUCGUUUGUUGGGAGAGAAAUAUUUAACAUGCUUAGAAACUGGAAUUUGGGAUCACGAUAGGCCGUCUUGUAUAUCAUACGGAUGUCCAUCGCCAAAACGAAUAGAACAUGGGUACAUCAGCUUCCCGAAUUCGGACAAGUCUAACAAUGGAACUUAUGUUUACGAUCCUGAAGGAAAUACGAUAGACGAUCUCUCGGGAAGAACGUAUUAUUACGGCGAUAUCGUUAGUUUUUCAUGCCACGAGGGCUACAGAUUCCAUGGGAAUAACAAUUCGUUAACGGAAUUCAAGAUCCAGUGUUCUGAUAAUGGUACCUGGACGGACUUCGUUCCCGAUUGCAUCGCACGCGUAUGUCCUUGGCCAGAUUUCGUGAAAGAUGCAGAAAUCUUCCUCAAGGAGCGAGACAAUAUUACCAUGAUAAAGAUUCCAAUAAAAAAUAAUGCAACGUCGGGUAACGGUUAUUUAGACGAGAACAAUGAAGAUACAGCAGUGAGGAGAGUUUCAGCGGAGAUGUUCGUUUCCGGUGCAGAGAUUAUCAUUAUCUGCGAUCCAGGAUACGAAUUAAUCGGAGAUGAAAUCAGAACGUGCACCGAAGAAGGAAGCUGGUCUUCAUCUUUCGCUUCUUGUGAGCCUCGUAACUGUUCCUUCGAGGAUCAUCCAAUUUUUAAAUUUUUUAGAAAAUUGAGGGAGAAUGAGAUUGUCUUUGGGAACAACACAAAUGCAGUGCCGUUUGAAUUCGAUGAGAAGUGGAACGGUGUGGGAAGCGUCACAGGCGCAUAUAAGAACUUCGAAAUAUUCGUCGAAGGAAAUGGUUACAGACAACGAAUAGUCUUGGUGUGCCGCGAUAACACACAGAUGAACUUCAAUGAAAUCAUCGCCAAUGUAACUACUUCAAACGUAACAUGGACUUGUAACGAGAAUGCGAAAUGGGAGGUGUUGAAUUUGUUGUUGCAGCAAUAUGUAUUCAGCGAGCAAUUGUUGAACGAUUCGUUUAUUUGCGAUAAAUCAUGUGCGCUUCCGCAGAUACCAGAACAUGGGUAUAUCGAUAGUGAUAACAGUAAUAACACCGAUACUAAUGAUCGCAAGGCGAUGGACAGUGUUAUCAUUUUUAAGUGUCGUCACGGAUACAUUCUUCAGGGUAAUGCAGAAUCAAUUUGUUUGUCCAACGGCACGUGGUCUGCUUUGCCUUUCUGCAAAGCUGUGGUAUGUGGAGAACCACCUAUUCUUGCUAAUGCGAUAUUGAAGAAAGAUAUUAAUACAACUCAAAAUUACACCUUUGGCAAUAUGGUUUCCUAUCAAUGUGUACCAGGCUAUCGUAUAUUUGGACAAGCAAAUUUACGAUGCUUAGGAAGCGGAAAAUGGUCCAGAAUGAACGGCCGAUGCUCAAAGAUAUCAUGUGGCAAACCACAAAUCCAGUAUGGAAUCGUACUCUAUGGUCGUUCGUAUUUGUUCCAAGAUCAGCUGACUUACAUGUGCCCUGAUAAUGAAAAACAACACAUAAUAACGUGUCAAGCCGACGGAAAAUGGAGUGGAUUAUUUAAAUGUGACGGAAGUAAAAGCAUGUAACUCACGUUACAACAAUAACAGUCAAAAAAUUAUAUAACAAUUUGACAUAUAACAAUAAUGAAAAAAAUUUGUUGCUAAUCCGUUUCGUGAAGGUUCAGUAAAAUAAUAACUCCACUUUUGUAACAACAUGCAUACAUGCUUUUAUUUCUUCUUGACUUCUUGUGUAUCAAGAUUCAUGAAUAUAAUAGAAAACGUAAUUAUACAGUCUUAUCAUUAAAUAAAUAACUUAGAUCGUGGAGAAAAUUUUUUAAAGAAAAAAAAAAGAUAGUACAUAAUAUUUUCUCAGAUACAUGAUAUAUCUUAUCUACAAUUAUUUGCGUGAUUUACCGUAACCAUUAAUUUUACGAUAUCUUGUAUGCAAGUAUAUAUUCUUAUCGUGUUUAACUGGAAAAUCGAUGUAUAUCAGUAUAAACGAUUCUUAUCUCAAAAAUUGGCAUUGUUGAUGUAUGAUAGUUUACGAGUAUACUAGUCGUGAGAUACAUUCUAUAGUUCAACUGUUCGUAUUUCAUGCACAAUAUAUAACGAAAAGCAAGUUUUAUAGUAACGUAUAGCAGUUGGAUAAAGUAUACACUUUACACAUAUCAUUCGACACGUAAUACAUUGUGUUUUGGUAUAAAUAUCAUUCGGACAUAUUAUACAAAUGUAUUGUUACACUAUAUGAGGAAGAGCAAUGAAGAUAAAUGUGUGAAAAUCAUUUUUUGUAUAAACAUUGUAUAUAUAUUAAUUUAACAUCUAACGUUUAUAUCGUAAAAUGGAGCACCUUUGAUAAAAUAGAUACUUCAUUAUCAUGAUUACACUAGAGAGAAAUCAAAUUUAAUAUACAUAUCUGAGACGAGGUGGUUAAGAGCACAUGUAUAAAUGGAUUAGGUCAAAUAAAUUAAACUAAAAAUAUCUCAUCGCCAAAUAACUGAAGCGCGAUUACUUCUUAGCGACAGACUAUUGGUUGACUGUAGGCAUGUUGCUAAAAAAGUUUCGUUUCAGCCAUUUUCGAUGAGAUUUUGUGUUUACAGAGCUCGUUCUACGGCAUUGCAUGUACUAGUUUGCCAAUUAUUUUUUCAUUAAUAUUUUGAAAUUUUACAUGGUUCAAAAUAGAGAAAUUUUUUGUUUAUUUUGACCAAUAAUCCAUCUGCUUACAUGUGCUUUUGGCCAUUUCGUAUCAGACAUCCUGUAUAUAUGCGCUUCUCGAAAUUAUUGGAAUAUAGAAACAUUGUUUGAUGCGAAACAUUCAUUGUCCAUAAUUGUUUUGCUUCAUUCUAAUUCUUAUACUAUAGUAACAUUUGUAAUUGUUGCUAUUCCACUUGACAAAACCUAAAUAUUUCAUUUUAAGAGGCUGUCACUAAAGACAAAUUUUUACUGAAUGAAGCUAUACAAGACAUACGUAGAUAAAUACGUGUUCUAAAUG